UCCGUCCCCCUGAAUGGCUGGAUGGAGGCAGGGGUGGUGCCACUGCUAAAGAAUGACGAACAUAAAAUAAUAAUAAUAAUGGAACGCUAUGGGUGGGAUUCAAGGAGGUAGUAAAGAGCGGGCAAGAGUCCUGUUGACGGUGGGUGUUCGGGAAAGAGGAGGUGGGCGGGGAAAGGGAAGGGGGUAAAGAGGAACGGACUUGCGCUAGGCAGAUCUCAAGAGGCAUCGGUUGACCCAACGCGCGCAUGCGCGGACUUGCUGGGGUGGUGAAUCGCCGCGCGGACGAGCGCGGGCGCGUUUUCGGUGACGCCCAUGCCGCGCGGACGAUUCCUGUGACGACGAGUUGGCGGCGAUGUCAACGAUUGCCCGCCCCUCUGGCAAAAAUAGUUCAAUGCGGAGAUGGGCAAAAAGAGUUCAAUGCGGAGAUGAUCGCAGCAUACCCCACCCUGCGCCCUACGCCGGCCGCCCCCCGGCCCGCCCCGCCCCCCCCCCCCCCGUCCCGGCCCGCCCCUAAGUACGUAUCAUGAACUGUCGGCGCUGGGUAGAUGCUGUCCUGUAAGCCAUACAUAGGGGCGCAUGUCUUGUCGGCCGCCACGCAUUUAGGCGUUGUUGAGAUCAUACAGAAAAAAAUGUGAACAUGGCGGACGUGAGGAUUCGAUGAAACCGCGCCAAGGCCGAGAAUAGCGGACAGGCAACCAGAGGAUUGCAUCGCGCGCAAACGAGAGCGAGCGAGCGAGCUGGAGAGAGAGUGAGAGAGAGAGAAGGGGGGUCGGGGAGGGCCGGGAGGAAGAACAGGGGAGUGAAGACCGAGCAAUUGCGCUGUGGAGAUUGUGACUUGCGGAAGUCCUCCGGCAGUAGACCUGCCCGGUAGGUGGGUGCGCCGUGUGAGGGCCACCCAUCUGUGUGUGUGUGUGUGUGUGUGUGUGUGUGUGUGUGUGUGUGUGUGUGUCUCUCUCUCUCUCUCUCUCUCUCUCUCUCUCUCUCUCUCUCACACACACACACACACACACUGUCAAGCAGCUCCCUCUGCCUAUCCAUCUCUCUCUAUGGGGGCGGGUGGGUGGAUUGCUGUGUACGCAGGAGGAAGAGAAUCGACCACCCGUUGAUUGUGGGUCGUGGUCGGGAACUCGAAGCAGGACAGAAACGACAAAGACUGAUCCGAUCGUCAUCAACGACAAAGGCCGAUCUGUUUGUGAGAAACGACGAAGAUUGAUCAGUUCCUCAUCGGUACAGUGGACGGGCUCUUUUGAAGAGGCGAAGCUUCUGCCCGGCUCGCUCGGUUUUCGAGCGGGCGGGUGCGCGAGGGCGGCCGCGUAGCGCUGCCAUUCCGUCAGUCAGCGAGGGCGCCUCUUUAAAUUUAUUCAGUAAGUGGUGCACAAGCUGAUGGCUUCCUCUGGUGGGGCAGGGGGAGGGGGAGGGGGAGGGGGUGGGGGAGGCGGGUCGGCAGGGGGGGGUGCGUCUGCACCGGUCAAGCUUUUGACUUUCGACCUCAGUGCUCGUCCGCGAUGGCUGCAGCUGGCAAUCUGUGGAGGUCUCACCUUCGGUGGCUUCAUGCUCAACGGCGUUAUCGAGAAUACAUUGCGCCGCACUUCAAGGACAACUGGGUUCAUCUCAAGGGCGUUGCCUGCUUGAUCAUCAGUGAUAGCGAUGCUCAGUACUCUAGGGCACUCCGGAGGCAGCUUGUGCAGGAAUCGGGCAGAGGCCGUUGAUAAGCUCUAGCGAUCGAUCUCAAACCGAUGGCUGAAGUGAGUGAACGCACAGGAUGAUACACUGAUCUACCGCCGGCCACUGAGUUGGCUCGACCACCAGGACUGCAAUCGACAUUUUGUGAACAUUGAGUUUGCCGGCCACACUUAUGUCGCUCGACAUUUUGUGAACAUUGAGUUUGCCUACGACUCCCUCCGCUGGCCUGCUGCGUGGAAAACCCAAAUCUGCACCACGUACAGAUAGUAGCACACGCAAUGACUGGACGAUGGCUCGUUGAAUGAAAGCCAGCAAUAGAGCUACAGCCAAGCCUCGUGGUUCGCAGUGCAAGUUAAAAGGAAAUGAUAUCCUUUGUUGUCACUUUUUUGACAUCGUGGAGUUCUCUUAGGAGGAAGAUGUCAGACGGGAACGCGUCUCUAAAUGGUGCAGAACCCCAGGACAUGGUGGAUGUUCACAGCAGUGCGCUUACCACCUUCUCUUUCACUACUUGCAGGUACUUAUUUGUACCUGUGUUAUAGAUGUGUGCUCCAUGUUUCAUCGAACUUACGAUUCCUCUCCACGUGGACAGAGCCCUAAGGUUGACUGCACUGCCAUUCAGAAUUGAGGGUGAAGUCAUGGCAAGCACUAGUCCCGAGUAGACUACCUGUUGUCUUCGACCACGAAGAUCUUGAGAAAAUUGCCUUACCCAGGAGGGCUUCUGACACGAUUCCGACAACCUGGAAUGACUCAACUGCAAAGUCCAGGGACAUAUUUCAAUGAUAUUUGUCAUUGUUAAUUUGUGGUUGAUUCGGCUGUUCUUCUAAGUGGUCGGAGAGGCACCACGCAGAAGGGAGAGCAGCAACAUGUGAAACUCCGAUGAGAGAGCAUGGUCUGGAAAUUUAACACAAUGGAGUGCAUCAUUUGUCAUCUAGGAGGUUCAAGCUCCUGUCAUUCAGUUAGGGAGUGUAUCGAAAACGUCUUUCUCGUCUGUUCGAUUCUGUAGCUGACAUUAGUACUUCGUACGUGUACCAGGGAACGAGUUUAACUUUGUUCGUGUACCAGGGAAUGAGUUUAACUUUGUACGUGUACCAGGAAAUGAGUUUAACUUUUGUACGUGUACCAGGGAACGAGUUCAACUUUGUUCCUGUGCCAGGGAACGGGUUUAACUUCGUACAUGUACCAGGGAAUGAGCUUAGCUUUGAUGGUACAGUGUCUUGGAAACAUGCUACUUUGGGGUUUGUUUCUGUAACUGACAUUAGAAAGGGGCACAACCCUAUUUUUAGCAGGAAUUCAGCUUUAGUCGAUUGCCAGUCGACAGCCAGGAUUUUUUCUAUUUUUAUCUUGUAGAUACUUCUUCACACAGAGUUUGAACCUUUGGGCUCCAGGAGACCUCCACACCACAACAUUAUUUGGGGCAGGUGCCCUCCUCAUGUCACACCUAUUCCAACUCCCCUGCCUGCUUCAUUCAAAUUGGUACAUCGAGGAGCCAACUAUCCGAGGGUAGAUUGCUGGACAGAACAACAAUUAUCACCAACAGUCUGGAUUGUGAGAAGAAGCAGAGGUGAGCGCUCUCUGGGCGCAAACUUACCGGUCAUCUUCUUCCAGGCAACUGCAGCUGGGUGGACUGUUUUUCUCGCUGCCCUGUGGUGCAGUCUUAAAGGGAUUGUAAUCGUUGUAUUGUCGAAGUAGCUAGUAGGGGAAGCAGGGGCCAUAUUCUCGGUCUCUCUCCAACUCAUCAUACAUCUAGAAACACACUUUGUCAAGUGUGACUCCUCGCACUGGUGUUCAAGACAUGGUUCUAGCAACUUUUCUAGUGUACUGGAACUGGACUAGAUGAUCUGUUGUGGCUUCAUAAAGCAGAUCUACCGUAAGCAGUACCGUUGCAUCUGGGAUCA